UCUCCCUGCGCCCGCUCGGCGCCGCACCCUCUGUGAACGCGGUGUGGAAACCGGAGCGUUGGCCCAGCGAAGGGGACUUCUUAAUCCUCCAGGGCGUCGCCUACGGCCGGUACCUCGCUGUCUCGGACAAGGACGCGCCGCCCGGCCACCGCGGCGUCCGCGCCGUCCAGCGCGACUACAACUCGCCGCACGCGGAGGCUCCCUUCUUGUGGACGGCCUUUAGGGUGGAUGCCGACCAGAACUACGUCCGCUUGCACAACCACCAGCGCUGGCUCCGCGCCAACGGCAGGCAUCGCUACUGGAACAAACGUCGUCACCAUCGAUACCAGGAACGCCAGCCUGACCACGAUGAUGCAGUGGAGGGUCGAGGAAAUCCCAGUGAGCCCGGAGCCGCUACCCCUUCCGCCUCCACCUCAACAACCUACGAUUCAUGUAAGCCGUGGCCUAUUCAAGCGGCGGGCUAAGGUGCAUCCAUCGGGCCGGAUGAUCCAGCACGUGCGGAUGGACGAUGAUGGGUUUAUUCUUGACAACUGGCCUGAUUUCAACUUCGACGACUACUCCGUCUCCAACCUGAGGGCCGAGGUGGCGCUCCGUCAGGAUGACGAGAACAUCACGUUGUGCCUGCGGGCCGGCAAGCAUGCGCUCUUAAUCCCUCUUAUCACAGACCUGCCUCAUAACACAGAUCCCCUGGACAUCAUCGUGAUGCCCACCGGAUCACCAGGUUUAGAUGCGAUAGAGUACCCACAGUUUGAUGCGCCAGAACCGUAGAGGAGUACGGGAGUAGAGCUUCUAACAACUUUGGCACUUUGCAAUUCAUCUUUGGGAAGCAGAGAGCCUUUAAGCAUCGACGCCCCUAAUAAUCUGAUAUAUACAGUGACAUGAGAAUUGAUUGUUAUCUUUUGUUAAGAUAGUUUCAGCAAUUUUUUUCUGUAAUGGUGGUUAGAUUUGAUGCGAUCCACUGACCGGAUGCGGUUUGAGAUGACAUUUCAGUUUCAGAAACUUAAAAAAA